GCGAGCAGACGCCGGUUGUACAGAGGUCCGUAACACGCCUAGGGUGCAGCGAGUCCGAGGAGCAGCCAGAAACCUUAUCGAAUCCAACACCCUGUGCAGAACGAUUCCAAGCCUGCUAGGUUGAAGAUUUUCUCGUGUCAGAAUCUGGUUACCUAUCAACAAUCAUGAGGGAAUGUAUCUCAGUUCACGUUGGCCAAGCAGGUGUGCAGAUGGGCAAUGCUUGCUGGGAGCUGUACUGUUUGGAACAUGGCAUCCAGCCCAAUGGCCAUAUGGAGGGCGAGAAGUUCAUGAUGAACAAUGGCGAUGAAUCGUACAACACCUUCUUCAGCGAAACCAGCAUGGGCAAACACGUGCCCCGUGCUAUUUAUGUGGAUUUGGAACCGAGCGUCGUUCAUGAGGUUAGGACCGGUGAAUACCGUCAGUUAUUCCACCCCGAGCAGCUGAUCAGCGGGAAGGAAGACGCGGCCAAUAACUAUGCCCGAGGUCAUUACACGGUCGGCAAAGAAAUCGUGGACCUAGUCUUGGAUAAAAUCAGGAAAAUGGCGGACCAGUGCACUGGACUACAAGGGUUUCUGGUGUUUCAUAGUUUUGGAGGCGGGACCGGAAGUGGCUUUUCAUCUCUACUGAUGGAAAGGCUCUCUGUAGAUUACGGGAAGAAAUCUAAACUAGAAUUUGCUGUCUAUCCUGCCCCUCAAAUUUCAACAGCAGUGGUUGAACCCUACAACUCCAUCCUGACCACCCAUACCACCCUGGAGCACUCCGACUGCGCCUUCAUGGUGGAUAAUGAAGCCAUCUACGACAUCUGUCGACGAAACCUCGACAUCGAACGUCCAUCUUACAUGAAUCUGAACCGCCUGAUUGGUCAGAUUGUGUCUUCCAUUACAGCCUCCCUGCGGUUUGAUGGGGCUUUGAAUGUGGACCUGACGGAGUUUCAAACUAAUCUUGUUCCAUACCCAAGAAUCCACUUCCCACUCGUUACGUACGCACCAAUUAUAUCAGCUGAAAAAGCGUACCAUGAACAGUUAUCCGUCCAGGAAAUAACAAACGCCUGUUUCGAGCCAUGCAACCAGAUGGUCAAAUGCGAUCCACGUCACGGCAAAUACAUGGCCUGUUGUAUGCUGUACAGGGGUGACGUUGUCCCCAAGGACGUCAACGCCGCCAUUGCAACCAUCAAGACGAAGAGGACCAUCCAGUUCGUCGACUGGUGCCCCACUGGAUUUAAAGUUGGAAUCAACUACCAGCCUCCAACCGUUGUGCCUGGAGGUGAUCUAGCCAAAGUUCAAAGAGCCGUCUGUAUGAUUAGCAACACGACAGCCAUCGCCGAGGCCUGGGCACGUCUCGACCACAAAUUUGACCUUAUGUACGCUAAGAGAGCGUUCGUACACUGGUAUGUUGGUGAAGGAAUGGAAGAAGGGGAGUUUGCCGAAGCCCGAGAGGACUUGGCUGCUCUGGAGAAGGAUUACGACGAGGUUGGCGUUGACUCUGCUGAAAAUGACGCCGAGCUGGACGACACAGAGGAAUACUAGUACUAGGUACCUCGCCAGUGCGCAUGCUCAACUCUCGAGCGGACUGUUGAAGACCCAUAUAUUUCGGAUAGCUGUGUAUUAACGUUGCUGCAGUUUUUGGGCUUGCUGGGGUAAUAUUGGAACUGUACUAUCGCGAGAUUUAAGUGCAACAGGAAAACUCAGGGCAGUUUUUUUCAACAAGUGCAUAGUUUUGUAUGAGCGUAAUGCUAUUUUGCAUAAUGUUUAAUAUCAGUUUGUUUUAAACAAAACUAAAUUCUGCGACGUGGUUGGCUAAAACCAUAUCAUAUUAGCAUGAAGUGAUCUUGUAACAAUUCAGCUAUUGAUGUUUUUCCUGACCACACUCGAUGUCAUCACUUGCUGCCAUUGUCGGUCUUUUGUCCAUCUUUCAAUUUUGAUAGUCAAUCGAGCAUUUUUUUCAGUAAGCCGUAAACUAUUUAAGAUUCAUAAACAUGUACAUGUUAUGUACGUUGUAUAAUAGAUUACUAAUUGAUUUAACAAAGCAGUCAAAUGUAAUUGUACAAAUAAUAUGUUGUGCGUUUUCUCCUGCGGUGUUUGUGUUCAGGGUUGAUUAUGACAUAAAUGUUGUUAACAAUGUUCACAGCAAAAAUGUGCCAAUUUAACGAAUGUGUCCUCGGGAUGCAUAAUAUUGCUGUAUGUGUAAUUUUCUCGACUGUGAAAUGCCGAAUGGUGCCAAAUCUCGUACAUUUUGAGGCUGUGAUGAUGACCUCUAAUAUACAGAGGUCACUGACCUCAAUCUGUCAUGAGUACUUAUGCGUUCGUGGUUUAUAGUCUUGUCCGGUAUGUGCAAUAUACUGCUUGUAAAUGUGCUUCGUAUUUAUAAUUAUUGUUCAGGGCUUAUUUAUAAGACUUAUAGUGGGAGAUGACACAGUAGAAGACGGUAUUAGGACGAGUUCUCUUCUCGCGCGGACUUGGUAAAUAUGGGUUCGUAAAGGCGGCUUGUGUGAUACUCAGCAAUGAUGUGUAAAGCGAUUGUGCUUGUUUGCGUUCUUUCUUUUCGUAUUUUUCUUUAAAUUUGAAAGUAUUUAUUUGAUUUAUUUCACGAUAUGUUAUAUAGCAUCAUCAGUUCAUGAUCUCGUUUCCAUGAUGUAAGCGUGUGUUGUGGAUUUAUUAUUGGAUAAUUAUAUAUUCUAUGCAUUUUACAAUCGAUUGUGAAACACUGUGCCUUUUGAAGCAAUAAACAAGCAGAAAACAAAAACUUUUUUUCACAACCAUAUAUUUGUGGCUAUACCAAUAUGUUUGUCGUUGAAUGGACACACAUGACUUAUCUAAAUGUGGCUGAAUUUUAUAUAGUUACCAUCUGUUACACAAAAACUUUAAAUGGAUUAGCAUGAUAGUGCGUUACAAUAUACUUGCCCUAAGCGAACGAACAACUGAUUUG